GCUAGUCUGCAAAAAAGUCAUCAUUCAGAGUCGUCUCUCAGUCUUAGACACACGCACUCCACUCCAGCAAAGAUGUUCCGCUACAUGCUCGUCGCUUCCGCCUUCUUGGCCUGCGCCUACGCCGCUGCCACCUACAACCAGGAUGGCGCUGCCUACAUCACCAAGCAAGAUGCCGAUAUCCAGCCCGAGGGUCCUUACAAGUACCAGUACGAGACCAGCAACGGAAUCGCCGCCCAGGAGUCUGGAAUCGGAGGACACCAUGCCACCGGAGGCUACUCCUACUACUCGCCCGAGGGUGAGCUCGUCCAGAUCUCCUACCUGGCCGAUGAGAACGGCUACCAGCCCCAGGGAGCUCUCCUGCCAACUCCUCCCCCAAUCCCAGUUGCCAUCCUGAAGAGCUUGGAGUACAUCCGCACCCAUCCCCAGUACGUUGAGCCCCAACAGCGCAACUUCCUCAACAGGAAGUCCUUCGCCGGUUAAGCAGUACAGAAAGUCAAAUGUGAUUUGAAAGCUUUAUUAAGAUUUUUAAGAAUGUUAUUGUGCGGUUGAAAUAAACAAAAAAGUUGGAAACGAAAAA